ACCAAGUGGUAUUUCUUUUUCCUUCCAGGAAGGGGUGCUCAUCUGGACAUUUUCGACCAAAAAGUAUGUCUAUGGUGAACUUUAUCAGAAUCGUGCUAGAGUAUCAAACAACGCUGAGCAGUCAGAUGCCUCCAUCACCAUUGACCAGUUGACCAUGGAUGACAAUGGCACCUAUGAGUGCUCCGUCUCACUGAUGUCAGAUCUGGGUGGCGUCUCCAAGUCACGUGUCCAUCUCUUGGUCCUUGUGCCGCCCUCCAAGCCAGACUGCAGCAUUCAGGGAGAGACCGUCAUUGGGAACAACAUCCAGCUGACCUGCCAGUCAAAGGAGGGCUCCCCAGCCCCUCAGUACAGCUGGAAGAGCUACAAUGUCCUGCACCAAGAGCGUCAAGUCACAGCAGUCACAGGACAGACCUUCUCUCUGAAGAACAUCUCCACAGAAAUGUCGGGUUACUACAUCUGCAUCUCCAGCAAUGAGGUGGGGACCGAAUCCUGCAACAUCACUGUGGCUGUCAGACCUCCCUCCAUGAACGUGGCUCUGUAUGCGGGCAUCGCUGGGGGCGUGGCUGCGGCUCUCAUCAUCAUCGGCAUCAUCCUUUACUGCUGCUGCUGCCGGGACACCGGCAAGGCUGAGGACACCGACGUCGCACGGCCGAACCGGGCGGCCUACCGGGAGCCACCAGAGCAGCUGACAGAGCUUUCCGGAAGACAAGAAGAGGAGGGAGAGGAUGACUACAGGCAUGAAGACCAGAGGGACGCCGGCCGAGAGACCCCUGACCAGGCUGGCCGAUGAUCCAGGCCUGCUGCAGGCUGGGGUCAGUGGGAGGAUUAAGUGGUCAUCCCCCUGCCUCAAGGCCUCUCCUCUCCUUUCCAAACCUGACUUUUCUGACCCUUUGCCCCAGUUAUUGAGGGAUGCUUCAUUCCCCAUGUUGGCUGCUGGAGGACUUGUCUUGGCCUAGCCAAGGGGACAUCACUUCUGAGUGACCUGCCAAGUGCCCUCCCCUUUGAAGUGACCCUCCUAUUACAGCGCAGGGCCCUUCACCCUGGACUAGGCAGCAGCCUCCACUUCCCCAUGGCACUCCUGCU